GUCUAUAGAGAGAGAAGAGAGGAGGAAUAGAAAAAGCGGAAGAGAAAGAAAAAGAGAUGACGAAAUCUGGAGCAGAAAAAAAAAGGGUUCGAAGAUCAGCUGCCCUUCAAAAUGGUGGUAGUCGAGAUCCUAACAAUGAUACACCACCUAGGAAGCAAGUUAAAGAGAAGGAUUUGUUUCAACUAUUUUCCGAGAAAGUAAGGGAUCAUAAGGAAUUAGAGUCUAGAUGGGGUGUUUUACAAGAAACAAGGGUGGAGUAUUUUAGAGGAAAGGAUUUUGUUAGCUUUUUGGGUAAACAUCCGGAGGUUAAGGAAGUACUAGAAUCAGAUAAAAGUUUAGGUCCUGAAGAUAUUGCAAAUGUUUUAUUAGGAAGGAGCCUUUUAGUCCGAUGUGAUCGGGUGGUAAAAACUGUUCGACCUGGGAAGAAAAAGCUGUCUACUUGGCCAGCACACUUGGAGAUCCAUCCUGAUCAGCACUUUUCUGAUAAUGAUGCCUUUUUUGCUUGGACCUUUGUUAAACGGCGUCCGUUGUGGCAGACAAUUCUCUCGUUUGUUUGGCCCGUAGUGACUCUAGCAAUUUGCUUGUUUCCUGUAUUUCCUCAUCAGUGCAAGCUGCUUGUAUUGUAUACCUGUGCUGGGCUUCUUUUACUUAUAUUUAGUGUUCUUUCAGUGAGAGGUCUCAUCUUUGGAACUGUAUGGAUCUUGCUGGGAAGGCGUCUUUGGAUUUUUCCAAAUAUACUUGCGGAGGAGACUACACUGUCAGAGUUGUUCCAGUUCUGGCCCAAGAAAGAUGAGGAAGAGCGGCCCAAAUGGACAUCAAGGCUCUUUUAUGCAGCCGUGGCUGCCGUGUUCAUCUUGGUGCUUAGGCACCAUGCCCCCGAUGAAGCUGCUAGAGCCAGGUACCAGAGGAGGGUCUCAAAUAUUAUUGACGAUGUCCUCGAAUGGUCUCCAAAAUUGGCUUUGUCUGGUUUCAUGGAUCAGGAAAGUGUGGUUAAUGCAACAGAAACUCACUCACCUGCCACAGAAGAACACGUAGCUCAACCCAAAGAAGAACACGAGGUUGAAGAACCUUUGGUUUAUGAAGAGGAAUCUGGUGACAGUCAUCAUAAGCAGUAAUCAGCAAUAUAUAUGAGAAUUAAAUGAUAUAUUAUUAAAACACACAAUGUUACAGUGUCUUUUUCCUUUUUCCUUCAUAUUUUCCUUUUUAUUUCUUUCUUCUUCUUCCUUUUUUACUUAUCAGGUAUAGAAUUGUGUAAUUGAGCUUAAAGUUGAUUGGAGCUCAAAUAUUCAUUCGCUCCGUCUUAAUAAAGCAAUCCAAUCUGUAGUCCCUUUA